AUGGCGGGAAAGCGAAAGAGCGCUGGAGGGGAGGGAAAGGCGUCGAAGAAGGCGGCGAAGGUGGAGAAGGACGAGAAGGUGGAGAAGUCAUCAUCGAGCACUGCCAAACUAGAGAAACUCCUGAAGGAGGCGAAGAUCUCUGUUGAAAUCAAUCCAGAGAAACCGAGGAAGGGAUGCUUCGAGGUUCGUCUGGGCAACGGAGACAAGAUCGUCUCCUUGCUCGACAUGCCGAGACCCUUCACCAAGCUCAAGGCACUUGACAUCGACGAGGUUGCUGAGAAAGUCAAGGCAGCUGUGUAG